GUAACGCCGGAGUGCCGGAUUACGCACUUCCUCCUGGGGUUCGGAGGCCGAACCCUUGUGUGGCGGGUUCGAGUCCCGCCCCCUGACUCUCGGCUCUAGACCCUGAGUCUGGGGCAGGGUGCAUUCGGCCGGGUUACCUCUCCAGGCCUGGGGGGAACGGCACACCUCGGGCUUCACCAUGGAGGACUACCUGCAGGAUUGUCGAGCCGCUCUGCAGGAGUCCAGGCCUCUCCGUGUUGUGCUGGGAAAUGAAGCCUGUGACGUGGACUCCAUGGUGUCUGCUCUCGCCCUGGCCUUUUACCUAACAAAGACGGCUGGGGCAGGAGAGAUCUUUAUACCAGUGUUAAACAUAAACCGUGCUGAGCUUCCUCUACGCGGGGACAAUGUCUUCUUCCUCCAGAAGGUUCAGAUUCCAGAGUCUGCGCUGGUUUUCAGGGAUGAGAUCGACCUCCACGCGCUGCACCAGGCUGGCCAGCUCACCCUCAUCCUUGUUGACCAUCACGUCUUACCCAAAAGUGACGCGGCUCUGGAGGAGGCGGUAGCAGAGGUGCUGGACCAUCGACCAAUUGAGCAGAAAUACUGUCCUCCCUGUCAUGUUUCAGUUGAGCUGGUGGGGUCCUGUGCUACCCUGGUGGCAGAGAGAAUCCUCCAGGGGGCGCCAGAGAUCUUGGACAGACAAACUGCCUCCCUACUGCACGGCACCAUCAUUCUGGACUGUGUCAACAUGGAUGCCAAAGUUGGAAAGGCAACCCCAAAGGACAGCGAAUACGUAGAAAAGCUGGAGGCCCUCUUCCCAGAUCUUCCCCAGAGAAAGGACAUCUUUGAUUCUCUGCAAAAGGCAAAGUUUGACGUCUCGGGACUGACCACUGAGCAGAUGCUCAGAAAAGACCAGAAGACCAUCUACAGACAAGGCACCAAGGUGGCCAUCAGCGCAAUCUACAUGGAUUUGGAGGCCUUUCUGCAGCGGCUGGACCUCCUGGAAGACCUCAGUGCUUUCUGCCAUGAGCACAGCUAUGAUGCCCUGGUUGCCAUGACUAUCUUUUUCAACACUCACAAUGAGCCAGUACGACAAUUAGCUGUUUUCUGUCCCCAUUCGGCACUUCGAAUGACAAUCUGUGGAGUCCUGGAACAGUCCACCUCCCCAGCCUUGAGGCUGACCCCGAUCCCAAGCCUCUUCCCUGACCUCCAGGCCUACCUUCAAGGCAACACCCAGGUCUCUCGCAAGAAACUUCUGCCCGUGCUCCAGGAAGCCCUCUCAGCCUACUUUGACUCAAGGAAGAUGCCUCCAGGGCAGCCUGAGGUGGUGGGAAUGUCCAGGGAGCAGGCAGACAAGGAACUGGACAGGGCAGCUAACUCCCUGAUUUCUGGACUGAGUCAGGAUGACGAGGACCCUCCGCUGCCCCCCACGCCCAUGAACAGCUUGGUGGAUGAGUGCCCUCUGGAUCAGGGGCUGCCUAAGCUGUCCGCCGAGGCUGUCUUUGAGAAGUGCAGCCAGAUCUCGCUGUCCCAGUCGGCCGGAGUCUCCCCAUCAAAGAAAUGACUGUUGGGAGGGGUGCGGAGAGUGGAGGAGGUGGCUGCUCACCUCAAGUGCAUGUUUGGAGAUGUCUGACCAUUUCAGCAAGCGUGUCUGUUGCUCCAGGAUCUGGUGUACUGUUCUCCUAAAGCUGGGAGGGAAGAAAGCAGCUGCUGUAAGAAUGGCUUCCUGCCUGUCCCAGCUGGUCUCUACCAGUCAGACAAGUUUUAUUAUUUUAUUAUUUAAUCUGCACUGAUUUUCUUCUGUUCGAAUUUUGAUGGGUAUGGUGUGAUAUGACCACUGUCCUAGCAGAACAGGACUGAAGGAAUGUAGACCCCAUCUCCGUGUCUUCAGAAGGCCCAUGGGCAGAGCUAGUAUCUGUCAUGAAACCAACUACUUGUCUUCAUGAAUUCUCCGUUUCAUUUUUUAAAAGUUCUUCUUGAGACAGGGACCCAUAUAGCCCAGACUGGCCUUGAAUUUUGUAUGUGUCUGAGGCGAGCCUUGAACUCCUAAUCCUCCUGAGUGGAAUUGUAGUCACGUAUAACCAUACCUGACUAGUCUCUCAUCUUUUUUUUGUUGUUGUUUUGUUUUGUUUCUUUGAGACAGGGUUUCUCUGUAGCUUUGGAGCCUGUACUGGAACUCACUGUAGACCAGGCUGGCCUCAAACUCACAGAGAUAUGUCUGUCUCUGCCUCCUGAGUGCUGGGAUUAAAGUCGUGUGCCACCACUGCCAGCCUCGUCUCUCAUCUUGCACAUGUGGCUGGACUUCCUAUUUCUUUGCCUGCUUCUGUCCCAGGGUCACAGGAAGCCUGAGGAGACCCUGAGCAUCAGAAGUUCUUGGCUUCAUGGAGCACCUAGGAAGGCUGUUAGUACC